AUGGAGAUUUUGAAAGUGGGGCAAUUAGGAGAAUACCAACAUCAAAAACACUAUGAAGCAACUUGCACUGACCCAAUUAGUCACAUUUUCGUCAGCUUUAACCACGCAAGGGUGAGGCUUAACCAUGAGACUGAGUUUGUCAUUGGGAUAAGCGGGGAGGUAUGUUGUAGCCCUGGUUUUGUCAAAUAUAUUAACUCUCUGACGUUUCAUACAAACGAAAGAAAGCACGAGGUCUUUCACAUCGACCCCAAAUCAGGGGUCCCUGAGAGGGCAGAGAUUCAUUCAGGACUAAAUGACCGUCGUGAAUUUGGUGGUUUCUUUGGAUCUUGCAGCUAUGGUGCACUUGAUUCGAUAGGUCUCUAUAUUAGGCCUGUCAUUUCGAGUGUAGACACUAUAAAACAAGAAAACGUAUGA